UAUUUUAAUAUUACAACGUGCGCCAAUAAUCAUCUAUAUGCUCAUCAAAACUGCGCAUUUGGAAUCUUUUAAGAUUAGUUACUUAUUUGCAAGUUCAUUGUACUUCCAUUGUUUACUCAGGGUUAUGAAACAAUAAAAAUUAAUCUUCUGCCGCUUAAAGAGCGUCAGAUUAAACUAAAACAUGUCAGGAGAUGUACAGCCAAGAAAGCGGAAAGAUAAAAAGAAAAAGAAAGAUGAAUUAGGUAUAGAGGAGCCUCGUGGUACAGCAGCAGCACUGGGCGAGGGUGAUGUCUUCAUACACUCUCAUCAUGAUCAUGGCACUGGGGGACAUUGGUGUGCUAAAAUUAUAUUCUUUUCGCUUCUGGCUGUUCUGGCUACUCUUAUUGGAUUAAUUAUACUAGAAAACAGAGGUCUUACUGAAUUGGAAGCAAACUCAGUAGAGUCUCGAUAUUCUGGUGUUUUGGAAGGAUGGUUGGAAGAUGCCCCUGAUGAUGACCAUCACGAUGAACAUACUUUAGAGUUGAAGCACCCUGAUGAUGAUACUGAUGACCAUGCUGAUUCUGAGCAUGAAGACAUGGAGGAUGAUGAACAUGAUAUAGAUGAAGAUGAGAGCCACGAGGAAAAUGAGGAACAUGCUGUUGAAGAAGACGAGGAAAAUGAAGAAGAUGAUGAUGAUGAAAAUAUUGAGAGUGAUGAAGAUGAAAAUAUUGAGAGUGAUGAAGAUGAAAAUGAAGAGAGACAGGAAGAAGAAAACAAAGAAAAUUAUGAUGAAAGUCAAGAAAACUUACAGGAUUCGAAUGACGAGGAUAUCAAUGAGGACAUAGCUUAUAGUCAAUAUAAAUAUAAUGAAGAACAAAAUGGUUUAGAAGAAAAUAGCGAAGACGAAUUAAGUAAUGAAAAUGAAGAAGACAAUAAUCUAAGUAAUGAAGUAGAUGAUGAUGAUGAUGAUGAUCGAAAUGAAGAUGAUGGAAGUGAUGAAGAUGAAGGUGACGAUGAAUACAAAGAUGAUGAAUACAAAGAUGAUGAGGUCGAUGAUGAAAGUAAUAAAUACGAUAAAAUUGAACAAGAUACCUCUCAGGAAAAUAAUUAUGAGGUGCAAAAAAAUAAUAGCGAAUGAAACUGUGUGAAUACA